CAAGCAGCUGAACAUAGCUAUUUUCUUAAAGAGGAGUUCCAUUAUCUGAACGUUACUCAGGUCGGAAAGUUGACGAUAUUCGACAUGUUCCAUUGCGCCUUCGCGUGCCUACAAAAUAAUUUGUGCCUUUCUUUAAACAUGGCCACCUCUCAUGGCACAGACGGAAAGCUUUGGUGCGAAUUACUGUCUUCUGAUAAGAACGGAAAUACUGAGAACUACCACAAGAACACGAGUUCGCAUCAUUUCUCCAUUUUGCGGGUAAGAACACCCUAACCAUUGCGGUAAAAUUCUAACACAAAGUAUUUACAAGGGAAAGGAUGUAAACGUACUCGCUCUCAACGAAGUAUGCUCAUUCACUGCUAUAGUAAAUACUGUUUAAGUAUUCACUGGUCUCAACAGUCAUUUUUUUUUUAGUUUCCAUGUUCUUCAUCGCCGUGUCAAAACGGAGGAACCUGCAUCCCGAAUUUCAGCUCCAACACUUUCGACUGUCUUUGUAAAGAACGUUUCGUCGGGAAAUUCUGCGAGAAAAGUAAUUUAUGGAUAUGUUUGAAAUAUCCCACUGUCUCCCUCUUCUGUACUUUUUUAACAAUAAAAUACAUCUGGCUCUGACAUCACACUCUAUCUUUCAGCUGUAAAAUCAUGCAAGGAAGUGUAUGAAGCAAACAAGUAAGAGGCUUUCACUGCUUGCUCAUUUGAGCAGAUCUUUUCUAAAAUCUUCUCUUCUGUGACACUGGAGACGCAGAGGUGGUCAGCUGGUUAAAACCACGAUGGAUCUUAAAAACAGAGCUCGGCAACUUAUCAGUCAGGAAGUUUAAUAAGUACAAAUGAUAAAGAUUGGCAUCAUAAGAGAGUCCAUUACUGAUAUAAUUACUCCAAUUGUAUUUUUAACAGAUCAAACGUGAGUAAACUGGUUUCUCUUCAUCUAGGCUCACAGCCGACGACACUUCUUUGUCACAUGGGAGAUUUUGGAUGCGGAGAUGGAGGAUGGACGCCAGUCAUGAAGAUUAACGGCAACAAGGUAUGAUGCGAAAUUGAUUUUCUACUGCUUGUCAUGAUCGACCACUUAAAAGAUGUUUUUUUUCACAGGCGCUGACUGAAUUAUUGACAACGAGGGCGACUUCCGCUCUCUGUUAAUGUCUCCGGCUGAUAUCUCUUUGACUAAGGGAACAGACACUACAUAUCAAAUAGGUUGGGGGGGGAGAGAUGGGUGGGUCGUAGAAUUUUUGGGAAUCACAUAGUUUUCGAGGGGAAAAUGAGAAUGGAGAAUCAAAUAUAUCAUGGUGACACGACAAAACUCCUCCAGUCUCUCCCUGGUAAUGAAAAAUGACCGCUACCUAAAUUGGCUCCGAUUGACACUGCAUGACUAUUGAUAAAGAGAUAAUGCCACACGUUACUUCACCAAGUCAUACAUAUUUCAUGAUCACCAGCUUAUUUUCAUUGCCUCUUCUUGCUAACUGAAGCAAUUUUAAAGUAGAUUCUGGCGCGGAACAAAAAGCUAAUUUGGGAAUAAAAAUAUUAUAAUUGUCUCAAACUGUCCUAAAACGAGCAGGGUAAUACGGUGGUAAACCAGUUAUGAAUUUAUAUCAUAUAGUAAACUAUUCUCCCAGAAUACCUUCCAUUAUGAUUCUGGUUACUGGAGUAAUGAAACUGAAUACAACACCGCUGGAGGGGAGACUGGAUUCGACUCACAAGAGACCAAGUUACCUACUUAUUGGAACACAUCCUUCUCAAAGAUCUGUCUCGGUAUGAAGAUCGGUGAACAGAUCAGCUUCAUUGUAAUCACCAUGAAGGCCAGCUCUCUUUACUCAUUGAUCGCUGAGGGGAAAUACCGAAGUACCUCAUUAGGUCGUGACACGUGGAAGAAGCUUAUUGGCUCAGAGGCCUCGUUGCAGCAUAACUGUAACACAGAAGGGUUCAAUGUUAUCUGUAACAGGUCUGUUUUUUCCAAAGCAAGAAUCGGCAUCGUUACUAACAACCAGAAUCACUGCCGCUCUUGUGACUCCAGGAUUGGGUUUGGUACAGGAGGGCAACCUGAUGACUAUAACACAUGUGGAAACGAGGCUUCGCAGACACCGGAUAAUGGAGAUAAACACAUUAAAGCCAUUGGUUACAUUUUGGUUCAUUGA